AUGCUUAUUGAUUCAGGUUCUACACACAAUGUUAUUGACGAAAAGACAUGGCUGUACAUGAAGAAGAGUGGAUUGGAAGUGAUAAAUUCAACCACAGAGUGCAAAGAAAAGCUCAAGGCGUAUGGGCAAAACUCAUAUUUACAGAUUGUUGGUCAGUUUGAAGCUGUUGUGAUGAUUGAAGAUAAUGGAAAAGAUUAUAAGACGUCCGCAAAGUUCUUUGUGGUUAAAAAUGGAUCACAACCAUUGUUGGGGAAGAUCACUGCAACGAUUUUGGGAGUGUUGAUUGUUGAGCUACCUAGCACACGCAAGUCACAGAUAAACUCAACGUCAGCGGAAAGGGUAAUAACACCUUUUCCAAGAAUUAAAGGUGUAAAACUAGUUAUACCCAUUGAUGAGUCUGUGCCACCUGUCAGCCAACAUCCACGACGUCCACCCAUUGCUUUGCAACGUAAGGUAGAAGAGAAAUUAAACGAACUUUUGAGGUUGGACAUUAUUGAAGAAGCUGUAGGUCACAGUUUGUGGGUAUCACCUGUUGUUGUCGUACCCAAAGGAGUUGAUGACAUUCGUCUAUGCAUAGACAUGAGAUUGGCUAAUAAGGCCAUCAAGAGGGAGCAUUAUAUGAUUCCAAGUUUUGACGAUUUUCUGCCCCAUUUGACUGCAGCCAGAGUCUUUUCACGCAUCGAUAUAAGAAAUGCGUAUCAUCAAGUUGAGUUGGAUGAGAAGUGCCGAUAUAUCACUACAUUUAUCACGCACAAGGGAGUAUUUCGUUACAAAAGACUAAUGUUUGGCAUUUCCUGUGCACCUGAAAUGUUCCAAACAAUCAUGGAGCAGAUGCUUGCCAAAUGUUCAAAUACACUGAACUAUAUUGAUGAUGUAGUCGUUUUCGGCAAGAAUGAGGAAGAGCAUGAUCAUGUCCUACGGCAAGUGUUGGAUACAUUGCGGAAGCGUGAUGUAUUACUUAAUCAAGAAAAAUGUAUCUUCAAGGUUCCGGAGAUAGUAUUUUUGGGGCACCGAAUUUCAGGAAAGGGCAUAAAACCAGCAGAAGACAAGAUUUCAUCGAUCAAGUCGUUCAGGGAACCCCAAACAAGAGAGGAAUUGAGAAGUUUUCUGGGGUUGGUGAACUAUGUGGGUCGCUUUAUAAAAGAUUGUGCAACAGUGACAGAUCCACUUCGACAACUGAUUCAUCAGGGUGUAGAUUUCCUAUGGGAAGAAAAACAUCGUAAAGCAUUCGAGACUUUGAAAGACAUGAUAUCAACCCCUGAGACUUUGAGUUAUUUUGAUAACGGAAGACGUACACGAGUUAUUGCUGACGCCUCACCUGUCGGAAUUGGGGCUGUAUUAGUCCAGUUUGAUGGAGAUAACACCACACCACAGGUCAUUGCUUAUGCCAGCAAGAGUCUGUCUAAAACGGAACAGAGGUAUUGUCAAACAGAAAGGGAGGCAUUGGCAUUGGUGUGGGCUGUGGAAAAGUUUUCUAUUUAUCUCAUUGGACGCGAAUUCGAGUUGGAAACAGAUCAUAAACCUUUGGAAAUAAUUUUUAAACCACAGUCACGCCCAUGCGCUAGAAUUGAAAGGUGGGUCCUCCGACUUCAGUCUUUCCGAUUUAGAGUCAUAUACAAGAAAGGAUCACUUAAUGUGGCUGAUUCUUUGUCACGAUUGGCCACUAGUAAGAUUCAGGAGACAUUUGACGUGGAGGAUGACAACAUGGUCAGAUCAAUCGUGGAGUCUGCAGCUGUUGAUGUGACGGAAAUCGAAGAAGCUUCAGCUUUGGACCCGGAAUUUGGGAAAUUGCGUGAAUCUGUAAUGACAGGUAGAUGGACAGAGGAAGUCAAAGCAUACCAACCAUUUAGGGAUGAACUAACCGUGACAGGGAAUAUUCUCAUUAGGGGAAAUAAGUUGGUGGUUCCUGGAAAGAUUCGUUCUCGGAUGUUGAAUCUGGCCCAUGAAGGCCAUCCUGGCGAGUCAGCAAAGAAGAGACGGUUAAGGGAUCGAGUGUGGUGGCCAGGACUUGAUAACGAUGUCACUAAAUUUGUAAAAGUUUGUGAAGGGUGCAGCUUGGUUACAACUCCCAACAGACCAGAACCCAUGGUAAGACGUGAAUUACCAUCAGGGCCGUGGAUCGAUAUAGCCCUUGAUUUCUUGGGGCCACUCCCUUCAGGGGAAUACCUUCUAGUUGUUGUGGACUACUUUAGUCGCUAUAAGGAGGUAGAAAUUAUGAGCAAAAUAACUGCUAAAGAAACAGUGAAUCGUUUGGAUAAGAUAUUCACACGGCUGGGCUAUCCGCGAACGUUUACUGUCGACAAUGGUAGACAAUUUGUCAGUGAGGAGUUUGAUUAUUUCUGCAAGGAACGUGGAAUAACUCUCAAUAAAACCACUCCUUAUUGGCCACAGCAAAACGGGGAAGUUAAGCGCCAGAAUAGGUCGCUAUUGAAAAGACUGAGAAUCAGCAACGGACUCAACCGAGACUGGAAGAAGGAUUUGUUAGAGUAUAUGGCCAUGUACUAUACAACACCUCACUCCACAACGGGAAGGACACCGACUGAACUUUGUCUUGGACGGGCAAUCAGAGGCAAAAUUCCAUCUUUGCAAGACAUUGAGACACAACCACCACUAACAACUGAGUACCGUGACAGAGACAAAAUGUUGAAAGAAAAAGGGAAAGACAAGGAAGACAAGAAAAGGGGCGCCAAAGAAUCAGACAUCAUUAUUGGAGACGUGGUUUUAAUGAAAAAUGUACUACCAGGAAAUAAGCUUACCACCACAUUUGGACGUAACCGAUUUAUUGUUACUGGGAAAGCAGGAGCGAGUGUUACGGUGAUGGACAUAAAAUCCAGAAAGAUCUACUGUAGAAAUUCUGCGCAUUUGAAGAAAGUGUAUGAACCUGAGGAUGCUCAAAGUGGGAAGGAAGCUGAUGAAGGACAACAGGACAUGCGAGAUCAGGAGAUAACUCAGUACAAGGACGACAUGCUUUGCGAGCAGGAUGAUGAUCAGGAGACGGAGGACAACAUCGAAGCAACAGAUCGGAUGAUUACUCAAACACGAAACAAACGUACUGUUCGUGAGCCAGAGAAAUUCAAAGAUUUCGUAAGGAGUUAA